AUGAGUGUCCCUGCUGCCAUUAUCGACCUCAACAACAGAGCCGUGAGCUCCUUGCUGCAAGGCGACAGCGACGCCGCCGUCUCUUCUCUCACUGCCGCCAUGUCCAGUCUUCAGAACCUUCGCGACGUCGAACUUGAGGAACAAAAGCAACAACAACAGCAAGCUCCUCCAUUGAGCCAACACUGGCUCGCAGAAAAGAUCUUGGAAAGUCUCAGCGGCGAGAGUCCCAUGUGCAGCAUUCCUCUUUCUUUCACCAACAGCGAAUCGGCUGAUGGCCCUGGCACCUUCACACUCUUUAACCAUGCUCUCACCAUCUCCAACUCUUCAAGCCUCAUGGUUUCUUCGGUGGCCAAGAACUAUGAUCGAUUGUUGGCCAUGAUCCUCUAUAACAUGGGCAUGGCAUUCCACACACAAGCGGUGCGAAGUGGCAGAUCAGAGGAGCUUCGAGGAGCUCUUCAGCUAUACGAGAUGUCCUUCUCUGUAGUGGAGAAUGCUUGGGUCCGCUUCGAUGUCGAUGACUUGACCCUGUUCCUCAUGGCUCUCAUGAACAACCUGGGACACAUUCACAGCAGUCUGUAUAAUGCCCCGCAAACACAGAUCUGCAUCGAAUGGCUCACAGCUCUUGCAGGGCAUCCUGCCUUUCUAAGGCUGAUGCAAAGAGACCAGUACGCACCCUUUUCUCUCAAUCUCUUGGUGGUUCUGAAGCAGCAGCAACACCACUGCUCUCCUGCAGCUUAA